GAGGCGGGGCCUCACGCCUGGGGAGGAGGGGCGUGGGGUCCGCGCGCGCUGGCCAUGCCGCGCUCCCGCCGAGCCGCGCGCCGUGGCCUCGGCAGCGCCCGAGCUCGCUCUCCCGCCAGCGAGGAGGAGGCUGGCAGCGAGGUGCUGAGCCACUGCAGCAGCGCCAGUGAGGGGACCAGCCCCGCCGAUGAGGGCGCAGGGAGUGAGGCGGCGACUGAGCAAGGCCAGGAGGAGGAGGCAGAGGACAGGCUGAAGGAGCACAUGGACAACCUCCUGGACAAGAGCACCAGGAUGCGGCAGGCGGCACUGCAGAGCCUGCGCCUGGCCUUCUCCUCCAGAAUCCUCUCCGAGUUCCUGCUGGAGCGUCGCCUCAUGCUCACCGACUCCCUCGAGAAGUGUCUCAAGAAAGGUAAAGGGGAGGAACAGGCACUGGCAGGCACCGUCCUCACCCUCCUCUGCCUCCAGGUGGGUUCCGGCCCGGAGGGGGAAGAGUUGUUUCACAGCCUGAAGCCCCUACUCAUCAGUGUCCUGACAGACAGCACAGCCAGCCCUGGUGCCCGGCAGAGUUGUGCCAUGGCUCUGGGCAUGUGUUGCUACAUUGCUGCUGCUGACCUCGAGGACCUGAUCUUAUGCCUGUCCUGCUUGGAGGGCAUCUUCAGCCCCCCCAGCAUGGGCGAAGAGGCCUCAGCAACCACUCAGCAUGGCCCUCUGCACUGCAGUGCACUCCAGUCAUGGUCCCUGCUCCUCACCAUUUGCCCCCCCUCCCACAUCAAGAGUAUUUUGGACAAUUGCUGGCUGAAACUGUCCCCACUGCUGUCCAGCAGCAGUGUCACGCUGCGCAUCCUGGCUGGGGAAACCAUUGCGCUGAUCUUUGAGCUGGCCCAAGACUUGGAGGAAGACUCGUACUACCAAGAUACAGAGUUCCUGUGUGCCCAGCUCAAGAUCCUGGCUACUGAGAGCAACAAGUACCGAGCCAAGACAGACCGACGGAAGCAGCACUCCAUCUUCCGGGACAUCCUGCGCUUCAUUGAGAACGGGGAGUACCAGGAGGAGACCGUCCGAUUUGGCCUGGAGUGCAUAUACCUGGACAGCUGGGCACGUCAGCGGACUUACCAGGCCUUUAAAGAGGUGCUGGGUGCUGGCAUCUGCCAUCACCUCCAGAACAAUGACCUGCUACGGGAGAUCUUCGGCCUUGGACCACCCUUGGUGCUGGACGCAGCCACUGUGAAAACCAGCAAGGUCUCCCGCUUUGAGAAGCACCUCUACAACUCGGCUGCCUUCAAAGCCCGCACAAAAGCCCGGAGCCGGGUGCGGGACAAGCGGGCAGACGUGCUGUGACGGGCAGAGGGAGACGGAGCCCCCAGCCCACCUGGACUGCAGACCCAGCACUGUGAGGGGCAGGUGCCCCCAGCCCUCGGGCUUUUAUUCAUGUACAGCAGAGUAUUUAAUGCCUGGAGCUGCCCCACCAGGGGCUGCCCCCUCUUUUAUUUUUUUAACCAAAAAAAGAAGGAUAAAAGAAGAGCAGGGGAGCAGGUGGUGGCAUGCUGCUGUGUGCCUGCUCUGCACCUGGGUGGCGUGGAGGGAGCGGGGUCUCGCAGGGCUCCUGCAACCCCUUCAGAGGCAGGGCUUGUGUACCCUCUUCGCAGCCCUGGAGGGACACCAGAGUGGCCUGGCACAUCCUGAAGGGCUGGGUGGGAGGGCAGAGCCAUACAGGGCUGUGGGGCAUCUGGCCCUGGUGCCUGUGCCUGUAGCAGGAGUGCUCUUCCAGCUCUCCACCCUACCACACUGUGCACAACCCCUGCCUCUGCAGCCAGCCUGGCACUCAGGGGUAGUGGCAGAGUGGUGCGGGGUGGCAGGUGCUGCCUGCCCUGCCAGCUGCCUGCGCUGAGCCCUUUUUCAGCCAAAUGCUUUAUAUGAAAUCGUUGUCUUGUGGGGA